AUGAAAGGAUUAGCAAUUAUUCCGGCUGUGUACGGGCAUGGUCGUCUUAUGGAUCCACCCGGACGAGGAUCUCUUUUCCGUUUCAUCAACACAAAUCCACUAUUGGCGCCGUACAGUAGCGUUAUCGAAGCAAACUACAAUGACAUGGGCUCAAACUGCGGCGGUGUUAGCUAUCAAAUAAGCCAGGGAUAUAAAUGUGGGCCAUGUGGCGAUCCUUAUGGAGCCAGCCAGCCUCGAUUACAUGAAGAUGGUGGUAAGUAUGGUAAGAAGAUCGUCUCUGGGCAAUAUUCAUCCGGAAGCACAAUUAUUACACAAGUGCAGAUUACUGCCCACCACAAGGGCUGGAUAAAAUUCAAUCUUUGCCCCCUUGAAGAACUUGGCAGUGGCCAAGACGCACUUGAAGAUUGUCUCUCUGCACAUCCACUCGAGACCGAUCAAGGAUAUGAAUGGGAUUUGCCAGACACCCACAAUAGUAAUUAUAACAAUGGCGGCUACUGGUACGACAUUUUGGUCAAGUUACCGGAUGAUAUUCAAUGUGAUCGAUGUGUCCUUCGUUGGAGAUACCAUGCAGGCAAUAGUUGGGGUUGCGACGCGCCAGACGAUUGCGGACUUGGAAAAGGGUAUCAAGAAGAGUUCAUGAAUUGCGCCGAUAUCCAAAUAACUCCUGACGAUUCUUCAGUAACUUUCACCCCGCCUCCAAUAACUACAGAAGAGCCAACGACCCUUGCAGAAGGACAAAAGUGUGGUUCAUGGCAAGAGCAGUUUCCAAACGCCAUUCUCGACAUGAGUCCUCAAACGACCGAUAAAAAUCCCACUGGUUGCACAGAGUCGCCAAAUGGUCACCUCGGCGAGAAACUUUCGUAUUGCUUUCUGACUUGUCCAGAAACGUAUGAGAUGGUCUUUGAAGAUCCGUCAGUUCCUGACUGGAAAUCAAGAACAGGAAUUCAGUGUCGAGGAUCCGGUUUGUGGGAGGCAGAUAGUCCGUUUAGCUGCCAGAAUCCAUGCCCUGACACUUACAAUCUAAAUAAGAAGAAAUAUGUGCUAGUGAAAAAGGAAUGGCCUACUGGAUUCCAACUCCUACUUCGCCUAAAGCCAGAAAUCAAUCUGAACGAAUGGACGGUGGUUUUCUACUUCUUCGAGCCACUUGACAAGAAUGUUGAAUUCCACACUUGGGAAGCCCAGCUAACAGUUUCCGCAAAUAGUCAAAUAGCGACGCUGACGAACUGGCCUUGGAAUACAGGAAUUGCAGCAGGAGAAUCUUACCCGAUUCUCUUCGUUGUUUCCGGAGCAUCACGAGCACUGCUUCCACCUUACAGAGUUUUCUAUUUGCCUGGCAAACAUGAAGAUAUGUCAUGUCUUUUGGAAAACAACUUUAAUUUUGGUGAAUUCAAUACAACUACAACGUCGACUAUUGCGCCGUCAACGACAACAACGACUGCUGGUGCACCAGUUUCAGAAGACCCAAAUUUUUGCUCUGGAAAGAAAGACGGACUGUACACGCAUCCUGAAUGCGAUAAAUUUUACCAGUGCUACAAUCGAGGGUCAACUGCGAUUAAAACGUGUCCAUCAGGACUUCUUUUUAAUCAAGUAUACAAUGUUUGCGACUGGGCUAUUAAUGUGAAAUGCCCUGGAACAGAGACAACCGCUACUUCUACAACUGCAACAUCACCUGCAACAUCUCCUGGAAGCUCAACAACAACAAGCUCUGCCGGCGGCGGCGGUGGUGGAACUGAAGACCCUAAUUUCUGCGUCGAUAAAGACGACAGUCUUUAUCCUCAUCCAGAUUGUAGCAAGUUUUACCAGUGCUUUGCUGGCUCAACUUUCAUUAAAACUUGUUCGUCUGGUCUCAUGUUUAACCCCGCCCUUUCACUCUGCGACUGGCCACAGAAUGUAGACUGUAACAGCACGCCAACAAACCCACCAUCAACUACUACAACUUUGGGUUCCAGCACUACAAGCUCCGGCUCGACAACUUCUACAACUGUCCCAACAUCUUCUACAACAUCCCAAUCAUCAUCUACUUCUUCUUCUCAGAGCACAACAACCACUACACCAAAUUCAUCUGAUCGCGUUCUCGUUUGUUAUUUUACGAACUGGGCCCAGUAUCGAACCCCUUCAAGUGUUCAACAAAAACCCCAGGAUAUACCAGCAGACCUCUGUACUCACUUGGUUUACUCAUUCGCUAAAAUCCCUGAAGGCCAGAAUGACCUUGCUCCAUAUGAGUGGAAUGAUGAGCAGCUGUACGCGUCAAUGGCACAAUUAAAAAACCAAAAUCCAACACUCAAGAUGACUCUCGCUGUUGGCGGUUGGACACACGGCACAGCAACUUUCUCGGCGAUGGUAUCGACAAAAGCCAAUAGAGACGAAUUCAUCGCAAACUCUAUUUCCUAUUUAAGGCAAUACAACUUUGACGGACUUGAUCUAGAUUGGGAAUAUCCAGCGAACCGAGGAUCGCCAGCUAUCGACAAAGAAAGAUUUGCUCUUCUUUGCGAGGAACUUCGUCUUGCAUUCGAAGCAGAGGCAAUUAAUACUGGGAAAGAGCGGCUCUUACUCACCGCUGCCGUUGCUGCUGGAAAAUCGACAAUAGACACGGCUUAUGAUAUUCCACGCAUUUCUGCUGCUCUGGAUUACAUUCAUCUUAUGGCUUAUGAUUUACAUGGAAGCUGGGAGAAUCAAGCUUUCGGGCACAGUCAGUUCGAUGGCCACGCUAGCGAUCCAGCAGGUGACGUUCUAUCUACUCGUUACGCAGCGCAGUACUGGAUGGAUGGUGGCUGCCCGGCUUCAAAAUUAGUUUUUGGCCUGCCUGCUUACGGCAAGUCUUUUACCCUCUCUGGUUCAAGUAACACUCCAGGAUCGCCAACUUCCGGAGCAGGUACCGCUGGCACCUACACAAAGACAGCAGGUUUCCUUGCUUACUAUGAGAUCUGUGACAAUAUUGCAAACAACGGAUGGACCGCUGUUCAAGAUACAUCUACGUCUUCCAUGUAUGCCUACAGCUCUACACAAUGGGUCGGUUAUGAAAACGAAGCAACUUUAGCGCAACGCUGCGACUGGAUAAAAGAACAUGGACUAGCAGGUGCUAUGUUCUGGGAUACUUCUCUCGACGAUAUGUAUGGCGACUUCUGUGGAAAUGGACCGUUCCCACUUAUAAAUACUGUGAAAUCCUGCCUUUAA